GAAAAACGUGCACGCGUCCGGUGUGGCGUCUCAGUGACAAACAAACUGACCCAGCGCGGAGAGAAAGCCUUGUUUUCACACGCGUUGCAGCUAAACAUCGACAGAUAAGUCGCGUCUGAGGGAAAGCGGCAUGCACGCACCCGCGUUUAUGUGCGCGUGCAGAUAUUUGAAGACGUCGGAGGUUUUCGAGGAAUUAAAAGUGGACUAAUGGAGCCGCUAGCAAACUGAAGGGCUGGGCGGUGACUGACGGGCUGCAUUGUUGCACAUUUCCUGGGAUGGAAUAAUUAGUAUCCUCAUUCAUCAAAGGAAUAACUGACCGUCUCGAUGGGGCUUGAAGGCAGAGAGAUGGACGGCAUCGGGAGCACCAUGCAGAAGAAGGCUGCAGAGCUGGAGCGGCUGGCCGAGGUGCUGGUCACCGGAGAGCAGCUGAGGCUGCGGCUCCAUGAGGGGAAGCUGAUCAAGGAUCGGCGGCACCACCUGCGUACUUACCCAAACUGCUUUGUGGCCAAGGAGCUCAUUGAUUGGCUCCUUGAACAUAAGGAGGCCUCAGACCGGGACACAGCCAUCACGAUCAUCCAGAAACUCUUAGACCAGAGCAUCAUUCAUCACGUGUGCGAUGAGCACCGCGAGUUCAAAGACCUGAAGCUGUUUUACCGCUUCCGGAAAGACGACGGCACGUUCCCGUUGGACAGUGAAGCCAAAGUCUUCAUGAGGGGGCAGAGGAUCUAUGAGAAGUUGAUGAACACAGAAAACAACUUGUUACAAACCAGAGAGGAGGAGAACGGCUCAUUCGAGCGGGCGCUCGUGGCCACUGAGUUCAUCGACUGGCUGCUGCAGGAGGGCGAGAUGGCGACCAGGGAGGAGGCGGAGCAGCUUGGACGGAGGCUUCUCGAACAUGGCAUCAUCCAGCAUGUAACCAACAAGCACCACUUUGUCAGCGGGCCCCUCCUCUACCAGUUUAGGAUGAAUUUCCGGCGGCGGCGGCGGUUGAUCGAACUUCUUCACGAGCGCAGCCGCAGCAUCCCGGAGAGCCACGACAGUCCCUUCUGCCUCCGCAAACAGAACUCGGAUGGAGGCAACACCAGCUUCCUCUCAGUGAGUCCCACUAAAGAGAUUAAGGUGGUGGUCGGAGUCCGGCGGAGCAGCAUGAGCAGCAGCUGUGGCAGCAGCGGUUAUUACAGCAGCAGUCCUACGCUCAGCAGCAGCCCACCCAUCCUCUUUAACCCCAAGUCUGUUCUGAAAAGACAAGUGAGUCCUGAGGAGCUGCAGACACCAGGAGGACCUUUUCUAAAGAAGACAUUUACUAUUGUCGGCGAUGCUGUGGGCUGGGGCUUCGUGGUGCGAGGCAGCGCACCCUGUCACAUCCAGGCGGUGGACCCAGGAGGACCUGCAGCCGCUGCUGGCAUGAAGGUGUGCCACUUUGUGGUGUCGGUAAACGGACGGAACGUCCUCGCUCAGGACUACCGGACCGUCAGCAGCCUGAUCCUGACCGGACCCCGGACAAUAGUCAUGGAGGUGAUGGAGGAGGCAUAAGUUUGAGCAGAGCUGUGGCAGAAUCCCUCGCAGACGAAUACUGCAGUAAUAACAUGGGGACUAGACAGCGACAGAGAAACUUGGACGACUUGAAACACAACUCGCACUCGCUCUGUUCCAACAAUGUUUGGGCAUGGUGGAUGACUAAGACACAGUGUGUGUUUAAGAAGGUACACACGUCAAGUAAUUGAUUCGACCUGUAGACAAAACAUGUAGGUUGUGCUUUUUGGGGGGGGGGGGGGUUGGAGGGAUUUAGAGGCAUAAGAGUUGCCACUUCUACAGAUGGUGAUCCAAUGUGCUCACAAAGGCUCUCAGUCGUAAUUAAGUGGCGCCGACUUUAUGCGUGGAAUGGGAAGACCCAUGUUUUCUGUUUGAGUUUAAAACCAGAACUGUUUCAUGAAUCUGUUGCCGACCAUGAAGAGUGUUUGAAGGACGAGAGAUGAGGUUCUUCAUUAGAAACCCGGAGUUGAACAAGUACAACCUGAAAAUGUAACAAAAAGGAAGAAUAUUUCAUUCUGACUGUCAGUGACCUCUCCUCCAGUUAGUUUCCAACCAUGGACGUAAGCUCCUGAGGCUCAACACUGCCCUCUGCUGGGAGACCCAGGGAGACACAGAGAGGGAGCAUUUAAACUACAGCUACAGCUCGUAAAUCACAGGUCGGGUUUCAGGGUGUUUAUUUCUUGCUUGGGCAACCAUGUAGCCAAUAGAAAAAAUAUACAUUUCUACCCUUGUUGUGUGAAAGACAUUUACAAAUAAAUUGAUAUCCAGGUAGAUUUACUUGUAGCUACUAGGAAUAAGUUUAUGUAAUAAAAAAAAUAACUGAUAAAAUGUGACAUUAACAGACACAAUGUUUAUAGCAAAGUUAUGAAAGUAAACUGAGGUGGUUCUGCUUUAGAAAAAUUGUGUAUCAGAUAAAGCCUCAUAAACUACAGCAAUGAGAACAUCAGAGUCUUUAAGAUGAUAAAUUACACCUGAUCUCUAUUAGUUAGUUCUGUUUUUUAAGAUGACACAUGCAAACCAGAAACUUACAUAUUGACAUAAGUUGUCAUUAUUUGUAAAGAUGUUUGUUUAAAAGAAUAAGAACUUGGAGAGUCUUCUCUUGGAAAUAUUUCUAUGACGUGUUGCAUUUAUUGCCAAAAACUAAAGUGUAUUAAGUACCAGUGGAAAUACAAAAUGAAUACUACAAUUGGAGUCAUGUGCUGCCAACCAGAUUUAAUUUGGAAACUUAAGAUAUUCUUUUAGUGAAUAUAUUUGGUUGAAAUUAGCCUUGUAAAGGUUAGCUGGACUAAAGAAGACUUCAUGUUUAUAUUAAUAUAUUUGUACCUCAUUAGCCUCCAAAAUAUCAUCAGAAUUAACUGCACAUGUGUAGACUGUGCAAUCAUGUGCUUAGACAUACUAGUAUGAAAAUAAUCACAUUAAAAAUUAUACAGGACUGUCUCAGAAAAUUAGAAUAUUGUGAUAAAGUUCUUUAUUUUCUGUAAUGCAAUAAAAAAAUUAUUAAAUAUUAAAAGAAUAAAAGGCUUGCAAUAUUUCAGUUGAUUUGUAAUGAAUCCAGAAUGCAUGACAUUUUUUUUUUUAAUUGCAUUACAGAAAAUAAAGAACUUUAUCACAAUAUUCUAAUUUUCUGAGACAGUCCUGUAUGAUAACAGAAAAAUAGAGCAUGGAUUUGUGAUGCCCACAUUGCUGAUACAGUUUGUGUCUGUAAUUCUGUUUAACUCCUGAACAAACACUUCUAUAUUGUAUAGGCUCCGCCCCUAAGAGCUGUCACUAUUGUAGUUAUCCUGGCCGGCAUUCAUAAUCGGUAAGAUUUUUUUGCGGUCAACAUUCACCUAUUCUCACACUGAAUCACACAUUGAUGCACAGGCUUCAGUGCAAAGUCCAACUUUGCAGACCAUCAGGGUAGCAUGUCAGCGGAUUAGCUGCGAAAGCUCUGCUAGCCUCUCAAAUGCCCACAAAUCCUUAUUUUAAAUGUGCAAUAGUGACCUUAAAGAUGUAUAACCCAUCAACCUGAGAGCUGUGUGUUUCCACAUUCCUGUCAAGCAGCGAAAUGUCCUGCGUUUCUUCUUCCAGGGGAAAACCAUCCCAGUACAACCGGCUAUCAUUUGGCUAUUCUCCGUCUUUGCACACUUUGUAGGGAAACAGCACUGGAGCUGUGACACAGGAAAGGGAUCACGGUUUUGUCUUCCUUUGACAACCUCACCUAUAUAACACUGGAGCUCUCCGCUCCCCUCCCAGUCGUUAAUUGAUCCGGGUGUGGAUGUGAAUUCACAACCGGCGCAGAGCACGUCCCUCUCUGGACGGGGUGAGAUGUGCCAGUCUUAAAUUGUGAUGAUCAUUUAAAAUCCUCUCUCCGUCCCACAGGAGGGAGCAAUCCCCCGAAGCACUUUGCUCAAAACAGAGAUGUAAUGGUGAGGAAAGGGAACAUGACAGCUUACAUCAACCACCGGGCGGUGGGCCCUUCGGCUGCGGUGAGCUGUCAUCGUCAAAGCAGUUCACAUCCCCGAGGUGUAGCACCGCGCUGCAGGCUUCCGAUUCUCGUAGAGUUCCGCUCCACACCCGUUCAGAUGUUGUGGGACCGGUUUGGUACGGUGGAUCGGAGCGUUAUGGUUCCCCUCCAUGGUGCAGCUGCUGGCAGGGAAACCGCGGCAGCUCCCAUUGCACAGAGAUGCACAGUCGGGUGGAUUGGUCCUGCUCCCCUAAAAGUCUUAACACACUCUUUUUGGUCGAGAAUCAUUUCUCUUGAAGGCUUCACCAGUAGAAAUGUCUCACCCAGUCUGCCCAUGUACAAACAUACAGUGCACACUGGGUUGUCGUGGCGUUAACAUGUCGGGGCUUCCCUGUUAUAUGAUAUGUGGAAUUUACAGUUUGUGAACUGGUGCAUGUUUUCUGCUUGUGGGCAUAGACUGCAUCAGCUUCACCCUUUAUCCAAUAGCAACAGCUCUAAGAGGGUGGAGCAUUUACAAUAUCAAGCGUUAGUUGUGAAAACUCGUGGAGGGCUUCGCCUUUACUCAAAAGAAGUUACAAUACAUAACUAACUUUACUUGUUUGUUUUAGACAAAACAACACCUGCUUCACUAAACUUGUACUAAGUUUAAUCCUAAAGAGAAUUUAUUACUAAAUACAAAUUCAGUCGACUUUUUCUAUUCAACAUGAACAUAUAUUCAGGAAAUCUUUAUUGCCAAACAGUAGAAGUAUGUCACGGUGAACUUCCCGCGAGUCUCUGUAGCGAGCUCUUCAGUGGGCAUCUCAUGUGUCGUUCCUCAAUGUGCUUUGAUGUUGUACGCAGUGAAAUGCAUGAUUCCUGUAAACACAAUGCUUAUGUAGCAUUCUAAUCCAAAGCGCUUCUUCAGUGUGUUUGUAGGACUGAGUUAUCUGACAAAUCAUUUCAGAGGUAAAGUAGAUUUUCACAUGCUGUUGAUGUUCUGCAAUGCUCCAUUUUCAGGACAAUGAUAUAAGAACAAAACUUCUUCAGCUGUUUCAAUAAAUAGCUUAUAAAAUGACAAUAGAACAUUGUUUAGACAUUCAUGACAUUUUGUGUUGGUUGCCGAUCUCAAAAUAGUUCACUCAAUUUGUUGAGUGAUGCCAUAAAACAUAUUAUUUUUACAUUGUCCAUGUAAAGGUCUUGGAUAUUUUGUCUUCUUGAUUUUGCUGUGUUUGGAGAAAACAUAAUAGGGACUCUGGACACAAGAGAUUUUGAUACGUUUACGUACAUUUUUAGUUCUUUAAUAAGAUUUUUCCACACAGCCAAUCAGCAAGUAGCGUGACACAAAUCACUUGUUUUGCCGACAUCAGUGAUUCGUCUCAAGGGUUUUCGUUAGUGGUGGCUUUCAAAUGAGGCGGCUGAGAUUCUGAAAAAGGAGAUGGAAAUGUUUCUUGUUUGUCUGAAGGCAGUUUGGGAAGGUUGACUAUGUUAACAGUUGAGUUUUAACAAAUGAAAAUAUGCAGACGUGUCAAAUGUGUCCCUUCACGUGUAUUAAAACAUCUGGAGGGAGUUUAGUGGUCAUUAGUUGGCUGAAACGGGUUCACUGACUGUUCAACAAUAAGCCUGAAAGCAUCUGCCUUAAGACCUCAUUCUGCUGCUAAUCACACUUGGUGGUCAUCUUUUCUCUUGUUCUGUUCCCAGAUCUGUUUAUCUAUGACCUUGUAUAUUAAUAGUGCUCAUGUAACAGGUGAUCGUGCCGCAGUUCUGUUGACAAUCAGUAUUUUAUGGACACCACCUUCAAAAAGCACAACAGCGGUUUCAAAAGCAACGUACUGAUGGAAUGUACUUCCUUCUACAUUGUGCUGUUGAUAUUGUCUGUUUUAUACUCCAGCUUUGAUGGUUGGUUCACUUGCUUAAUUAAAGGGAUUAUUUUUGCUUCAUGAGGCCAGAGUGAGGACUCCGACACCUUCAGUGUUUCUUUUCUCCGCGGUCAGAGAUUUAAUGUUGGGUUUGACGACAAUAUAAGCUAACACAGCACCACAGUCUGUUUUUGACAAAGCAGCUUGAAGCUAAUUCUGAUGUUCUGAUGUAUUAAACAGUUGAUUACGUGUUUAAUAAACAAACUGAUUAUUGUCUUAUUC